AUGGCUUUGGAAUGGGUGGUUCUAGGCUACGCCGCCGCAGCUGAAGCCGUGAUGAUCAUCCUCCUAACUCUCCCCGGCCUCGACGCACUCAGGAAAGGUCUUAUCGCCGUUACAACCAGCCUCCUCAAACCCUUCCUUUCCGUCGUACCCUUUUGCCUCUUUUUGCUAGCGGACAUCUACUGGAAGUACGAAACGAUGCCUAGCUGCGAAUCUCAGAACUGCUCACCAUCGGAGCACCUCCGCCACCAGAAAUCGAUCAUGAAGAGCCAGCGCAACGCUUUACUUAUCGCUGCUGCACUCGUCUUCUAUUGGAUCUUGUACUCUGUCACGAAGCUUGUUGUUCGUGUUGACCAGCUCCAUCAGCGAAUUGAGAAGUUGAAGAACAAGGAGUAA